GACUGAGCUCAUCCGAGCUACAACGGGAUGCCUGCUCUGGACCAAAUUUGGAAACUGAGGCUACAAAAUUCAAUAGCCAAGAAUUUGUAGACCCUGUAGUGUGGAGGAAACCUUGAUGGCUGCUGCUGACCCCUUACACCUUCACAGCUGGGCAGAGCAAGAUUAAAACAAUGCUGAACGCUGGAAGCAACAAACUCCCAAAACAACACCCCCGACAACCGAGGAACACUCAUUGAGGCCGCUCCUCCUCCCUGCCCCCAACUCCACACCAGAGCCUGUGACCUGGUAACACACACGGCCAUAUGGUACGGCCGGGACGAGCCUCCGUCCAGUAAUUAGGGGGAUGGUACCGGACCCUUGGCUGCGCUGCAGUGGAGGAUGAGCAGCAUGAUUCAUCCUCUCUCCUCUCCGGAGCAUCAUUAUAUGUUGGGUUUUUUUAAUCCACGAUCACAGGUGGAAAGGAGACGAGACCAAAAGGAAAGCUGCAGGCACUGAAGAGUGCAGACGAAUGGAUGCCAUGUUAAAAGGGGUGAUGCAGACAGAGCCUCUUCUACACAGAGGACAGAAGGUCAGGCUCCAGUGAUGAUCCCUACAUCCUCACGCCACAGGAAGGAGCGUCCCGCAACUGGAGUCACACCCAAACACACAUCUGCAAAACUGGACGGACCUUUGCAACAAGAAACAGCUGAAUAUUCCCCCCGGUCUUUUUCGUUCACACUCAAUAACUUGCCGCAUUGUGAAUACAGUGUGGCACCUCACAGAGACAUCUAUGAGAGCCCAAGGGUGGAGACAGUUCAGCCAUCUCAAGUGGUGUGAAUGAGGACUAUAUUUGUCGCUUUUGCUCCGAGGGGUUUUCAUCUUUGUGCGCAGCGCUCCCUUUUCACACCAGCACCAUAGAGACGGGGACAGGAACUUACCGGGGAGAGCACAAAGCUCCGGAGCAGAGUGGAGGGAAGGCUGUUGGACUGGAGGCAGUUUCCCAGGCACCAUGCAGUCAGAUGACCUCUUCAUCCGCAAGUUUCGCCGUCAGAACGUGCGGCCGCCAAUUGCCACCGUCAGCUUUGACUCCAAGCGGGAAGCAGGUGUAGUGGAGUGGCCGCCGAGGAGGGAUGGUGACGGAGCCGAAGGUGACUGCCUCACUCCGAGUCGCGUGGGGCUGAGUCUGAGGUCAGUGGGCCGGGGCCACAUCAUGCAGAGGAGUAACAGCGAUGUCACCUUGGGGGACUUGGACUCCUCUGGUAAAGCCGGGGGGAAAGCAACUCGGGUGGUCGGUGAGAAGGUGGGUGUGGGGGCACAGGGCGACUCAGGUGUUCUGCUACACAGGGAAUAUGGCAGCCUGUCCUCACUGGAGAGACAGAUUCAAGCCCAGGAUCUGCGCACAGAUGACCAGGGGCCCCUGAGUCCAAGUGCCCUCCGCUUCAAAGACCCUUUCCUGCUUUUAGGACUGCAGGGCAACCCUCCGGAGCCUGAUGGAUUCUUUCGGGGUCUGUCUGUUUCCACAGGGGAAUCCCCAAAACCUGCCAAGCCGCCGAAGCCUGAAGGUCUAAGUAAGAAGAGCAAACCUGGGCCCCCGCAGAUCCCUCAGCCGGGUCCGUAUGACAACAUCGGGGGAGGAGCCUGGGUGAGGAACUUUGCCCACUAUGACGUUCAAAGCAUCUUGUUUGACCUCACCGAGGCCGCCACCAACAGAGACAGCAUUGGGCGGAAAAAGAAUAUCACCUCGGGGGCUUCAGCAGCCUCCCAGCUGCGCCCCCUGUCCCAGGCCACCCCCGCCUCACCAGCACAGGCUGGAGGAGGCAACGGGGGGAACCCAGAUGACCCUGAGCAGUCGCUGCUGCUGGACGAAGGGGACGGCAACGAUAAUGAGCUCCUGCUCAGCUGCCCCCACUUUCGCAAUGAGACGGGGGGAGAGGAGCAGGUGGGACUGGGUCGAUCCCAGGAGCGGCGGGGACUCUGGUCAAGCCUGCGAACCCCUUACGAUGCAGUGUCAGUCCUGGAGGAGCCCAGAGAGAGUCACGUCCAACAGCAGGGCAAGAGCAACUACUUCAUCGAGCACGCAGAUCUGGGAGCCCAUUACUAUCGCAAAUAUUUCUACAUGAAAGAACACCAGAACUUCUUUGGCAUGGAUGAUCGCCUCGGCCCAGUGGCCAUCAGUUUCCGUCGAGAGGAGAAAGAAGGAACCAGUGGAGCUCAGUACAACUACAGAAUCAUCUUUCGCACCACGGAGAUGAAGACGCUGCGAGGUUCCAUCCUGGAGGAGUCGGUGCCCUCUGCUGCUCGUCACACGACACCCAGAGGCUUGUCUCCCAAGAGGCUGCUGGAGUUCAUCAUGCCUGAACUGAACCUGCACUGCCUUCGCUUGGCCUCCAACUCCCCCAAGGUCCGGGACACACUGCUGAAGCUGGACGAACAGGGGCUGAAUUUCCAGAGAAAGGUUGGGGUGAUGUACUGCCGGGCCGGGCAGGGCACAGAGGAAGACAUGUACAACAACGAGAGCUCCGGGCCAGCGUUUGAGGAGUUCCUCGAACUGCUCGGGGAGCGGGUGCGGCUGAAGGGCUGGGAGAAAUACCGAGCUCAGCUGGACAACAAGACUGAUUCAACUGGGACACACUCCCUCUACACGCGCUACCAGGACUACGAGAUUAUGUUUCAUGUGUCCACCAUGCUGCCCUACACAGCCAACAACACACAACAGUUGCUGAGAAAGCGACACAUCGGAAACGACAUUGUGACAAUCGUUUUCCAGGAGCCAGGUGCGCUGCCCUUCACUCCAAAGUCCAUCCGCUCCCAUUUCCAACAUGUCUUCAUUAUCGUUCAGGUUCAUGAGCACUGCACGGACAACACGUAUUACAGGGUGGCUGUGACACGCUCUAAAGACAUGCCAUUAUUUGGCCCGUUGUUCCCCAAGGGUGCCCGAUUCCCUCGCUCAGCUGCCUUCAGGGACUUCCUUCUGGCAAAGGCAGUGAACGCUGAAAACGCAGCAGAGAAGUCAGAGAAGUUUCGCUCCAUGGCCACGCGCACGCGGCAGGAAUACCUGAAGGACCUGGCCGAAAACUACGUGACCACAACACCCAUCGACUCCUCCACCAAGUUCCCCCUGCUCUCUCUGGGAGGCAAGCGCAAAGACAAGCUGAAGGGCGCCAAAGGCGCCGAGUUGCACAGUGCCGGGGCGCUGGUGUGGGCGGUGAUGGUCUACAGUCGAGAUGAAGGGGAGGCAGGAGAGCACAAGCUCCCCUGUCUGCUCGGGGUGUCGGCCGAGUCGGUGGUGCUCAUUGAGAGGUGCACACGCAGGGUGGUGUUUAACUGCUCCUGCAGAGAUGUCAUUGGCUGGAAAGCAGUGAUAGAGACUAAGGAGGGGGGGCCUUGCUUGGAUAUCUUCUAUGAGCGCGGGGAGUCGGUAUCCAUCAGUGUGAUGGAGAGCCAGGCGGAGGAUAUACGUGAGGUGGUGCAGAGGCUAGAGCUGGUUACGCGGGGCUGUGAGGCGCUGGAGGUCACCCCUCUGCGUGACGGGGUCGGUCAGCCCGGCUUCCUGAUGAACGAGGAGGGUUUCGUGACGGAGCUGCAGCGGUUCUGCUAUGCGGAGAGUGGAGGCCUGCAGUUGUGGGCUCGUGUGGUGCGGCUGUGCGGACACUCGCUGGUUCACCUGAGCCUCGAGGAGAGGACCAGGCUGCUGCGCACUGCGCACAAGAUCCACAUCACUGUCAUACCACCGGAUGAGAACGGCAAGCCUCGCAGAAGUUUCUCUGAGCUUUACCAGAAAGCCAUCAAGGAUGCAGAGUGUAAGCCUGGCGAGGAUCAGUCAGGAGAGGCCUGGGUGCUGGACGAGAGGGAAGAGGACGAGGAGGACGAGGACGAGGCGACGGAGGCUGAGCUGAAGGCGGGUGUGGUCAAUGAGGGGGACAUAGUGCAGGUGCAGGUGGAGGCCGAAGAGGGCAAAGAGCGGUCGUAUGACAAAGGGCCAGGCGAGAGAAGCCACGCCGCACUCCUCAAGCCGCCCGGCUUGGCUCUGUUACGGGCCACUUCGCUGCAGGACCAGCCGGCCAAUCAGAGCCAGGAGGCCAGCGCCUCGCAGCUCACUCGCAGCAUCUCAUUGGAGAGACAGCCAUCCUACAGGGACACGUGUGAUGGCCACGUGUACGGCAACAUUGGGCUGAAAACAGAGGGCAACAUCUACCAAAACGUCGGCGAGCUGAGGGACGCCACACCCGAUCUGAUCCUGGCUGUCAAACCCAAGGUUCCCCUGGAGGACGAACAGUUCAUGGGGGCUGAGUUUGGCGACGACAAAGCCUCGGCGAGUGACUCCUCUCUCUCGUCUUCCCGGUUGUCGUGCAUAGACCGAGCUGAACGAAAUUCCCGAGCCCUAAGUCUUCAUAACUCCAUCACCAAGAUUCUCUCAGAAACAACAGAAUCAACUGAGGAGGAGUGGCAAUCCAUCGCCGACCUGGCCACAGCCUGCCGCAGCAUCCUGGAGGCUUUGUCACGAGAGGACCGCAAAGCCGGAGACCCCUCGCAGUCAGGAGCUGACCAGACUGAUGGCAAGCUGAAAGACUCAAAGGAGAAUGACUCUCCAGGCCACCUAGAGGAGAAGGUGUCCCAGCUGGAGGCUAUGCUGAGGAAUCUGCAGGAUGACCUGCAAAAGGAGAAGGAGGACAAGGCGGUGCUGCAGGCCGAGGUGCAGAGCCUCAGGCAGAACAAUCAGCGGCUGCAGGAGGAGUCGCAGAGCACAGUGGCCCGCCUCAUCAAAGUCACCGAGCUGCUGUGCAACGUCAACAAGCCCUGUUAGCUCCACCACUGCACGCACAAGCACCCGAAUCAGCAGGGAGAUGCAAAUCGAACAGUGUCCCCGUACGCUCGGCACACUUGAUGUGUUUAUACAUAUUUGCAAAAGCAAACACACGCACACACACCUACCCUCUUUUGGUCUGUGUGUUACCACAGUCUCAGUCCUGAAUCCUGCCUGUUGGCGAGGGAGUAUGCAAAUCAACUCAUACAAAAGAAGAAGAAAAAAAGACAUUUUUAAGAUCCCAUGACCUUCAUAGACUGACCAACGUGCAGCUCUGGAGCUGCUGUGUUGGUGUGCCAUGCUGGAGUGCUUCUCUUGGUGUGUGUGUAUAAUACAGUAUGUGCGUGGAUGUGUGCCACAUGUGCAUUUGUGAGUAUGCGUGUGGGUGUGAGCCUUUAUGUGUGCAUCUCUUACUGUACUUUGCUUCAAAUACUUGACAAGCUGGGCUGACUAGCACUUGCAUAAAAAGUGGCAAUUAAGACUGAGAGACACUGUAUAGCAUGUUUAGUGGUGUCUUAUCUGAAAUGACCAAAAGUGUACAUAUAUAUAUAUAUAUAUAUGUGUGUGUAUAUAUAUAUAUAUAUAUAUAUAUAUAUAUCACCAAUAAUGUAUGUGAACAGUAUUGCUAUCCUCUCUGCCAGACGUGUAGUUGCAAUGUCUGAGUGUGGUUCUGCCUGGCACUGCUGGUGUGGAAAUGAAACACACCAAGAAAAAGAAAAAAAAGAGGGAACAUGACAAUGACAAGCCUGUUGGCAGCCUUGUACUUCAAAAGAUGUAAUCAUGCUAACUGAUGUAGGGUCAGUUACAGUCAGGACAGCGCUCCUGCUCUCUUCACUUCUCAGUAGUACUGUAUUUAAGACCUUCUGGAGUGUUUAAGAUAUUUUAAAAAAUAACAUAAAUGAAUUGGAUGUAAACUGGAAAUGUCAACAACAAUGACCUGAGCAUGCUUGUUCCUGAUGGAAGUGUGUCUGUAAACAGUAUUCAAGGAAUACUGAAAAGGGUUAUACCUCUCCCGAAGACACAGCUGAUGGCAGGAAAGAGCUUCUUCAGAUUCCUUCCACGAUUGCCUGUAGCUGUUUUCCUCUAACCUCACUAUUGUAGCAGCCGUACUGUAGAGUAUCUCCUGCUGGCCUGAACCACAAAAUGCCCAGAAGGCAGUUUUUCUUUCAACUCGCAAAAUAGCUUUACAUGUCUGGAUAAAAACACCUUGGACUAAUAAUGAAAUACAGAAUAUUGUAUUUGGAUAUGUUUCGUGUUAGGCGAAAAGUCCCCAGUGACUAUUUUGGGUAAUUGUGUAGUACGGCUUAUGAGUGGUAGCGGUAAGGACAAUAGGUGAAAUCUUACCUUUCCACCCUGAUGUGUGUUUGUGUGUAUUUCUGUGCCGUUCUUGCACUUUUUAGUUUAGUUUUUUGUUUUUGUCAAAUCAGCACUGGACAGGGCAACACACUGUACUUUGUUUCACAUGCCCGGGUUUUGUCUCGUUCAACAUGAGAAGGUGGAUUAGAUCUCAUCACCCCCGGAUACCACCUUACCUCACCUUUUUGUGUCCACUGCUGACAGCACCGUUAUCGAAACGAGUGUUCAGAGGAGGCGGACUGCUUCUCCUCAGUGCCAACAAAAAAAACCCAGGCAGCUCUCCCGAAUCCCACCGAAAACAAACAGAACUGACUCGACCACAAACUAAACCCCAACCACGAACUCUGAACUCCGACAAAAAGGAUGCCAAACUUCAGCCAGUCACUCAGACUCUCUUAUCCCUUGUACAAACUUCCUCUUGUAUUUUAUUUUAGAGUCACUGUGAAUACCUGGUACCAGCAUAUUAAGAUACAGUAUAUACAGAUUAAAUUAUGGAAUCUAAACUUUAUGAGUAUGUGAAGAUACUGUAUGUACAGCCGAACUGUUCCAUGUAACUUAGUGCAUUGGAUCGUGUGUGUGCGUGUGUGUGCGCGUGUGCGUGUGUGUGUGUGUGUGUGUGUGUGUGUGUGUAUGUGUGUGUGUGUGUGUGUGUCUCUCUCUCUCUCUCUCUCUCUCUCUCUCUCUCUCUCUCUCUCCUCCCUCCUUCCUUCCGCGGGAUGAUUAUGCAGACAAGUGUUGAUCACGGAGCCCGAGGCUCUUGUUUCCUCUCCUGUACAUGCUGAGGCCUCACGACUGGACGGAGAGACGUUGGUGUGAGAAGACCUGUUUUACUGUGUCUUGUAUAGUUAUUGUAGAUUGUAGGAGGUUGGUCAAGCAUGAGAAUGUGCCAAGCGACUUCCAAGCUCCCCUCUGUAUGUGUGUAUGUAUAAAAAUGUAACUUAUUAAUCAUGCAAAUGUGGAUUUUCUUGUAGUUGUUAAAACUGGAGAGGGAAAAAAUGUGAAAGGAAAGGAAGGUGGCCUUGGUUAUGACUUUUAGUUUAUUUUUGUUGAAAAGCCAACAACCAUGAUAUGACAUGAGAAAAUACUAUCUGCAACUCUUGCUUAAUGUGACUAUGGUUCUUAUUGUCGUCCUAUUGUUGAGCUAUCUCAGCUAUAGCUCUACCAUAAUUAAUAAGGUCUUAAAACACCAUUAGGUACGCCUUAAUGAGUGAAACUCUUAUUUCAGAGUGGAUGGUCAUACUGGUCUUAUGUGACGGCUUAUUUCUCUGACUUUGUGCCUACCUGAAAAUGUAAUGUAUGUUAAUCCAUCAUGGUGAUCCUCCUUUCUUUGUCUUUGGUUGCACUUGCUGAGUUGUUUUUUUGUUUUUUUGUUUUUGUGGCAGAUGAGGGAUUUUCUUAGAGACCAUCCCAACAUCUGGUCUUUCAUCCGCUGUGCGAGAAAAAAAAAAUCAUUGGGUGACACAGGAGCCGAAAGAACAGAUAAUAAUAAUAACAAUAAUAAUAGUUGUGUGUUGUAAAUCUCAAGCAUCAGUGAAGGUUUACAGCUCCAUGAGUACCACGGAUUGUUAAAAGAACCGACAAAUAUAUAAUUUUUAAGCGUGAAUUAAAAGGAAACGGUGCUUGAAAAUGA